AUGGACACAACUGCCGAGGAGAAUGCGCUGCGCCGAGAAAUUGUCAAAACCUUUCAGAUACACGCAUUUGAGCUCAAAAAAGAAGCGGUCAAAUUAUGUGUGAAGCUAUUCCUAGACCAUGACAAAGAAACUCGAAAGAAAUGGACGAAUAAAAUGAUUGAAUUACUCAAAAAGCAGACACUGCAAUCAUCCCUAAUCAGUGAAGAACUCAUCAGAGAUACAUUCCGUCAAUGUAAAUCAAAAGGAACCCAAGAUGCAGGAAAACUGCUCAAUGUAUUCGACGCAUUCUCCCUCCAGCCGUAUGAUUUUGAUGCGGAUCUUCGGAAAAUGGUUCUAAGAAAAGAAAAAACUAGUCUGGCUGCUGAUUCGUCGUCAUUCUCACAUGCUGCACGACAACGAUUUUUUAUUGUUAAGCAGCGUGCAAUGCGAUGUGCUUCACUGAAAAACUUCAAAUUCACCACAUGCGAAAUUUUGGGAAGUUCCACAAAACAUCUUCAAUCAGUUGUAGUUCUCGGUAUGCUUACUCAGCAAAAGGCCGACUGCUAUCAUAUCGAAGAUCUAAGCGGUUCAGUUGAAGUAGAAUUUAAAGAAGACACGAAAUUUCAUCAUGCGUUAUUCCAUGAGCAUUCAAUUGCAAUUUUUGAAGGAACUUUUGAGAAUAGUGUUUUAACAGUGAAUGAAGUUGCAAUGGUACCUGUAGAAUCAGCAGAAGUUACGAGAAAAGAGUUGAGUUCGAAUGAGAAUUGGUUUGGAGGAGAUGAUAAGAUCGCAUUCCGGUGCAGUGAUCGCCUACGAUCAGCUCUGGCUAAGCAGGAAGAUACUUCCCUUGUCUUCCUUUCCGAUGUUUUUUUGGAUGAUAAAAAGGUUAUGAAAGCAGUAUUCAAAUUGCUACAAGGAUACAAAGAUCAACCUCCAGUUGCAAUUGUUUUUUGUGGAAAUUUUUGCUCAAGACCCAGACAAACUGAUACAAUUGAUUUACUGGAUCGUGGAUUCAGGUGGUUGGCUAAUCAAUUGACACCACUCAGAAAGGAUUAUGAAAAAACACAGUUUAUCUUUGUACCAGGACCUGAUGAUCCAUUUGUUGACACGGUACUUCCUCGUCCACAUCUUCCAUCUCUUCUCUUCAAGCAUAUUUCCCCAAUUAUCUCGUGUACAUUUGCUUCGAAUCCGUGUCGAAUUCAAUUCGCAAGCCAGGAGAUUGUUGUCUUCCGAAGUGAUUUGAUCAAAAAAACGUGCAGACAUUCAAUCAAUAGUAUCACUGUCGAAUCCAUCCCAUCGAGAUAUGCAAGAAGUGUGUUGAGCCAGGCGCAUUUGUGUCCACUUCCUCAACAUAUUACACCAGUUUUACCGGAUUUCUCUCAUUCCUUGUCACUUCAUCCACUUCCCGAUCUUCUGAUCACUGCUGAUCGUUUCGAGACUUUCACCGAAAAAGUCGUUGGAGCUGACACAAUUGUCUCAAAUCCUGGUUCAUUCUCUCGAAGCAACUACACUUUCCACGUCUAUUAUCCCUGUCAGAAUCGCGUGGAAGCUUCACAAAUCCCAGUUUCCGAACUUGAUGAUCAGUAGAAUAUGAUGAUUAAGAAUUCAUACCCAAUUAUAUUUCCAGCUCUAACAUCAAAAAUGUAAUCAUAUUCUUCUUCCUUUUCUGACAUGCUUCACAAAUCAAGCUUACCUAUUUUAAUUAUCAAAUCUCCAAUUCCAUUCCCGUUUUUCUUUGAUCUGCAAACCAUCUCAAUCUCACAAUUUUCCAUUCGAUUUUCAUCUAAUUUUUUAAUCAUUUUUUCUUCAGUUUUUUAUUUGAAUCUCACAGUUUAUCACUAUUUUCAUCUCAAGUACAUCAUGUGAUUUCUGAAUAAUUUUUGAGGUCUACGUGUCAAAUAAAACAAGUAUUUUGCAAA